AGAUUCCGCCAUUAAUAAAAAUUUUCACUUCUGAGUAGCCAUUUUCAGACUUUUCAAAUGGGGACUCAAGCUUCAAUUCUUGCUAAUUGUCUCAUUCUCCUUCGACCCAUUAUAAAAAUUCCAACUUUGAAUAGCAUAGGGGGUAGUCUUAGCCGGCCAGCUAAUCCCAUAGGACAAACCGAGGAGGAGUAUGGCUCAAAUUUGUCUGUAUUCGGAAUAGAGGUAGUGGGUCUCUGUUCACUGCUAUUGGCUAGAUAAAGUCGAAAAUUUCAGGUCGUGAAACCAUAAUUUGGGGAAAUAAUCUUCUGGGGUUGUCACAAAAUGAGCAAGCUUGGUCCUUUGAGCUCUCUUUUGCAGUGUCUCUUGGUGGCUUUUCUGGUGAGGAGUUAUGUCGUUUGUGGAAGUUUUGUCAAGUACGACACUAAGGGUGUUGUCGUUCAGGGGAAGUUGAAUGUUCAUUUGGUACCUCAUUCUCAUGAUGAUGUGGGUUGGUUGAAGACCGUUGACCAGUACUAUGUUGGAUCCAACAACAGCAUUCAGGGAGCUUGUGUUGAGAAUACACUGGACUCAGUUGUGGAAUCCUUGCUUCGUGACCCAAAUAGGAAAUUUGUAUUUGCUGAGAUGGCGUUUUUCCAACGAUGGUGGCUAGAACAAAGCUCAUAUAAACAAGAACAAGUGAAGAAACUUGUGGAUGCUGGGCAAUUGGAGUUCAUAAAUGGUGGUUGGUGCAUGCAUGACGAAGCAACCACACAUUAUAUUGACAUGGUUGACCAAACGACACUAGGCCAUUAUUACAUAAAAACACAGUUCAACAAGGUUCCUCGAGCUGGGUGGCAAAUUGACCCUUUUGGACACUCUGCAGUACAAGCUUACCUACUUGGUGCUGAGCUUGGGUUUGAGUCUGUACAUUUUGCAAGGAUUGAUUAUCAGGAUAGAGCAAAGCGCAAGGGAGAUAAAUCGCUCGAAGUUAUAUGGCGCGGGUCCAAAACUUUUGGUUCUUCUUCUCAGAUUUUUACCAAUGCCUUUCCAAUUCACUAUAGUCCUCCCGAUGGUUUUCAUUUCGAAGUGUCUGAUGACUUUGUCCCUGUCCAGGAUAAUCCUAAUCUUUUUGACUUCAAUGUUCAAAGGCGGGUUCAAGAUUUUAUUGAUGCUGCCAUAAUCCAAGCAAAUGUGACUAGGACAAACCACAUCAUGUGGACAAUGGGUGAUGAUUUCCAGUACCAGUAUGCCGAGUCAUGGUUUAAGCAAAUGGACAAGUUGAUUCACUAUGUUAACAAGGAUGGUCGAGUUAAUGCUUUGUAUUCAACACCAUCUAAGUACACUGAUGCUAAAUAUGCAGCAAAUGAGACAUGGCCACUGAAAACUGAUGAUUAUUUUCCGUAUGCAGAUAGCAAAAAUGCUUAUUGGACUGGAUACUUUACUAGCCGCCCAGGUCUAAAGCGAUAUGUCCGUUUGCUGAGCGGAUAUUAUUUGGCGGCAAGGCAACUUGAAUUCCUGGUGGGAAAGCGACCCUCGGGUCCCAACACUUUUGGCCUUGGAGAUGCUUUAGGCAUUGCACAGCACCAUGAUGCUGUGACUGGUACUGCUAAACAACACACAACAGAUGACUAUGCAAAGCGCCUGGCCAUUGGUGCCUCUGAGGCAGAAAUUGUGGUCAAUUCUGCUCUUUCUUGCCUAGCCAAGAAUAAACCAGGAGAUCAAUGUGGAGGGAAGGAAUUGAAAUUUUCCCAGUGCCAAUUACUCAAUAUCAGUUACUGCCCACCAACAGAGGAAGACAUUCCAGAAGGGAAAAGUUUGGUUGUAGUGGCAUAUAAUCCUCUUGGUUGGCCUCGUACCGACAUUGUUAAAAUACCGGUUAAUGAUGUCAAUCUCGUUGUUAAAGAUUCUUCAGGCAAUACAAUUAAGGCACAGUAUGUAAGUUUAGACAAUGUUACAAAGAACUUGAGAAAGUUCUAUGCACAAGCUUACUUGGGACAAUCACCAAAACAAGCUCCAAAGUAUUGGCUUCAUUUUCAAGUUUCUGUACCACCGCUUGGUUGGAAUACUUACUUUGUCUCAAAGGCAUCUAAUACAGUAAACAGGCAUUUACUCUCCAAGAUAAAGAUUCCACAAAAUGAUACCGUUGAAGUUGGGCCUGGAGAUUUAAAGCUGACCUUUUCGUCUACCUCAGGACAACUAAAACGGAUGUACAAUUCUAAAACCGAGGUUGAUGUACCAAUACAACAGAGCUAUCUCUGGUAUGGUUCAAGCACUGGUGAUUCUGAUGAUUCUCAGGCUUCAGGGGCAUAUAUUUUCCGGCCUAAUGGGGCACCUCCAACUGUUGUUUCAAGAUCAGUUCCACUAAAGGUCAUUCGUGGAGCUUUAGUUGAUGAGAUUCACCAAGAGUUUAAUUCAUGGAUCUAUCAGGUUACCAGGCUUUACAAGGACAAAGAACAUGCUGAAGUUGAAUUCACAAUUGGUCCAAUCCCCACAGAUGACGGUGUUGGGAAAGAGGUCAUCACGCGAUUGACAGCGAAUAUGGAAACGAACAAAGUUUUCUACACUGAUUCGAAUGGAAGGGAUUUUCUGAAACGAGUUCGAGAUUAUAGAGAAGAUUGGUCUCUUUCAGUUACUCAGCCUGUAGCAGGAAACUAUUACCCACUUAAUCUUGGAAUUUUCAUGGCGGAUAAGAAAUCUGAAUUAUCGGUAUUAGUUGAUCGUGCCACUGGGGGAGCCAGCAUUGCAGAUGGACAACUAGAGCUGAUGCUGCACAGGCGCAUGAUCCAAGAUGAUUCUAGAGGAGUUGGUGAAGCCCUUGAUGAGACAGUCUGUGUUAAAGAUACGUGCGAAGGACUAACGGUGCGAGGAAAUUAUUAUGUGAGCAUCAACAAGCUUGGUGCCGGGGCACAUUGGCGCCGAAAGACCGGCCAAGAAGUUUACUCACCACUUCUCUUAGCUUUCACACAUGAGAAAGUUGAGGAUUGGAAAGCUUCUUAUUCAACCAAAAAGUCUAGCUCUGAUUCAAAUUAUAGCUUGCCUCCUAAUGUUGCUUUGAUUACUCUUCAGGAGUUGGAUGACAAAAGUGUUCUUCUUCGUCUCGCUCAUCUAUACGAGGCUGGUGAAGAUCCUCAUUACUCGAAAUUGGCCACUGUCGAACUCAAGAAGAUUUUCGCUCGAAAAACAAUAAAGGAGGUGAAGGAAGUGAGCUUGUCAGCUAACCAAGAGAAGUCAAAGAUGAAGAAAAUGGCAUGGAAAGUGAAGGAAAACGACAGCAAAAGACACCAAACGACACCAGUUCGAGGUGGUCCUCUCAGCAGCUCAACUCUUGUGGUUGAGCUUGGUCCCAUGGAAAUACGCACUUUCUUAUUGAAAUUUUAGUUACUAAUACUAUUGUGUCUUGUUCUACAUUAAGGCUAAUAAAUACUCAAUAAAUGGCACACAUUGUACAAUACAUUCUAAGACUUUGACUUUUCAAGGUCUAUCUAUGUUGACAAUAAGUACAAUAAUGGAGCCAAGUUGUGACAUCAACCAAA